CCCCUUAUCCCAUGUCCAUGUGGAUUGCAUCUUAAAAAUUACUUGGAGUCUUGGAGAUAAUUGAAAACAAAGUUAAUUAACAGCGCUGUAGAAGAUUAUUGUCCUGUUUUCACUCGUUUUUAUUGAGCUUUUGAGCAUCUGAAAGAUGGGCGACGCAGUAAAAAGGAAAAUAGACAGCAUAGAGACCGUGGAGCUCGGUGAUUCGAGCGACGAAGAAGUCCAGUUUGAAAGGGCAGAGUCUAAAUCUAAGAGACUGAACACAGGAACAGCAGCCGAUGGCAUAAUAUCUGACGUUCUUUUGUUAGACUCUGAUGAUGAUCUUCAAUCUGAAAAAAAGGAAGACGAGUCUGAAGCUCAGAAGUGCACAAGACUCGUAAAAGAGUUCAUUCUGAUCACAAAGACUGACAGCAAAGUCGCCGAGUUUUUCUUGAGUCAACACGACUGGAAACUUGAAAUCGCUGUCAAUGACUUCCUGAAUCUCAGUGGGGACAUUUUGGGAGAUGAGAAAAACUCUGCCUUGGCUAAUACUCUGAAGAAUGAGCCGUGGGCCAAAAAUGUUGCUUCGAGCUCAGAAGUGAAAGGAACAUUCAGUUUUAUAUCUUGGAACGUUGAUGGGCUGGACAAGCGAAAUCUUAGCCCUCGGACGGCUAAUCUAAUAAAAAUCCUAACCCAAGAAGCUCCAGAUAUUGUUUUCCUUCAAGAGGUUGUGCCAGAAACCAUUGAUGUGCUCAAAUCAAAUCUUUCGAAGUAUCAGUUUGUGGUGCAGGAUUACCCAAACCUCUCAGAAGCCUACUUUGUCACCACCUUGGUCAAGAAAGACACAGUCAAAGUAUUGAGCCAGAAAGAUGUGAGCUACAGCAAUACCCUAAUGAUGAGGGGUUUGCUUAGUGUUGAGGUGGAAGUGGCGAACAUCAAAAUGUGGCUCCUCAACACGCAUUUGGAAAGCACAGCUCAAUACAAGAAGGCCCGUGUUGACCAGCUUAAGCAAGUGUUCAAUGAUAUGUCUGAAAAGUCCCGAACCCACCACGUCCUCUUUGCUGGCGAUCUCAACUUGCGCGACACGGAACUCCCGCUGGCUGGUGGAAUACCGUCCGGAGCCCUCGAUCUGUGGGAGGCUUGUGACAAACGGGAGGCGUGCAAAUUCACCUGGGAUGCUGCGCGCAAUUCAAACAUCCAGUUUGGAAACUUCGGCAGUACCGAAGGCAACUCCAAAGGGACACAGUUCAAGCCGAGACUGCGUUUCGACCGUGCCUACCUGAGUGUCUGCAAAAAGGACAAGGCCGACAGAGUUGUUGCUAAUCACUUUGGACUUGUCGGCAUUGCCAAAGUACCUAACAUGCAGUGCUACACAAGUGACCAUUGGGGACUGCAAGUUUACUUCACUCUGAACAAGUGCUAAAAUAAAUGUUGAAGUGUACCUGAGAUUUACUUUUUCUCACUAUCAGAAAAGAAAUUAGUAAAAUGUUGUAUUCCUAAUUUGUGUAACUAAAUUUUGAGAAACAAUUCACCUAUUUCAUUUUUUGUCGUAUUUCCAAAAUAAAAUUUUCCCAAUUUGGUUUAA